AUGUACAGCUUCAUGGGAGGGGGUCUGUUCUGUGCCAUAGUGGGUAAUAUCCUGUUAGUGGUCUCCACUGCCACGGACUACUGGAUGCAGUAUCGACUCUCUGGAAAUUAUGCCCGCCAGGGUCUCUGGAGGUACUGCAUGUCCAACAAGUGCUACAUGCAGACCGACAGCAUAGGUAAGAGAUCCAGGGUGUCUUCAGCCCAUUGGACCACCACAGUAUUUGUAACAAAUCAAAGGACUUACUGGAAUGCCACCAGGGCCUUCAUGAUCCUUUCAGGGAUGUCGUGCUUUGCAGGCAUCAUUGCUGGCAUCAUGUCCUUUGCGCACUUUUCCUCCUUUGAAAGGUUCAACCGCUCCUUUGCCGCAGGAAUCAUGUUUUUCGUCUCAACUUUCUUUGUUCUCCUGGCGAUGGCCAUCUACACUGGGGUGACAAUCAACUUCCUGGGAAAGCGAUUCGGUGACUGGCGCUUCUCUUGGUCAUAUAUACUCGGCUGGGUGGCGAUGCUCAUGACCUUCUUUGCAGGUAUUUUCUACAUAUGUGCCUACAGAAUGUGUGAAUGCAGGAGAGGAACCGGACCACGCUAG